AUGUCCGAGGUUCAAACAUCGGGGAACUGGCCAUGGUUGAUGUUAUCCUCCCCUACGAUAUUCCUGCAUACUAACUCCCCGGGUUACGGGUGGUUCUCAGCUCAUCUCUUUAUGUUGGAUGUGGAAUGUUGGUUGAAUAUCCUUAACAUUUCCUCCUCCGCAAACAAACGCUUAUCCUUAUUCCCCUCAACGCGCACGCAGGCCGCACCGAUGGAAUUUCCAACCUGUCCGAGGAGUCAUGAUAUCGUCUCAUUACCGAGAACUCAGCGCGCGCUCAAAGUCCUUGGGCCAUGGAAGAUAGAGUUGGCUGAAUCGUGUCCGCUACCACAGCUUGCGGAGGACGAGAUCCUAGUCCAAGUGCGGUGCGUGGCAGUUAAUCCUGUGGACGUGAAAACACUUGACUUGGCUCCGAACGUGGGAACCACGGCGGGAUGCGAGUUCGCAGGAGACAUCGUUCACGUCGGCCCAUCUGUCAAGAAUAUGCGGCUGAAAAAGGGAGUGGCUGUGUUCGGCGUCAUCCAGGGAAACCACUUCGAUCGGCCCGACAACGGAGCAUGGGCUGACUUUGUAGCAGUAGCCAGCGACCUGGUCUAUCUGCUUCCGCCGCACUUCUCAUAUCAAGAGGGUGCCAGCAUGGGCGCGGCCCUUCCAACUGUGGGAAUGGCCCUGUACUAUUCAUGGGGCCUCCCGCUUCCUUACCGGCAGCGCCAGGGGUUCGACGCAGAGAUCAAGGAUCGUGAGAUUUAUGAAAAGGGCGGAAUUACUGCCGCUGCAGGGAUGGACGUGGGACUUGCAGCGCAAACUGGCCAAAAACCGUCUGGGAGCCGCCCAUACGUGCUGGUGUAUGGCGGGAGUACGACAUGCGGCGCAAUGGCGCUCCAGGUAUUGCGGCUAUCGGGACUGGCGCCCAUCUGCACAUGCUCUCCAAAGAACUUUGGCCUGGUGAAGCGGCUUGGGGCAGAGGCGGCCUUCGACUAUCGCUCGCCGUCCUGCGGUGAUGACAUCCGCCGGUACACGGAAGACUCGCUUGGCUACGUACUCGACUGCAUCACUGAUCUCAGCUCGAUGAAAAUCUGCUACGCUGCAAUGGGUCGCAGAGGCGGAAAGUACAUGGGACUGAACCCUGUUCCCCUGCGAGGUCACACGCGCCGUGAUAUCCAACCGGACUACAUCCUGGUGUACACGAUGUUUGGCCAGGCGGUGACAGCGCCAAAGCCGUUUGGGCGGCCGAUUCGGCCAAAAGACCGCGCGUUCGGGGAGAGAUGGUAUCAAGGCAGCCAGCAGCUGGUCGACGUGCCGGGCACGAUCGUUGCACACCCUCGCGAUGAAGGGCCAGAGGGCCUGAAGGGCGUGGUGGAUGGGCUGGAGAGGAUGAGGAGCGGUGGUGUCAGCGCCGUGAAGCUUGUUUAUCAGCUGCGGCUGAUGUCAGCUCACCUUCAAGACUUCCCGUCAACCUCCGCAAACGCGGUAUUUAUUAAUAUCUCGCUGCUCGCGAUCAGGAUCAGCGCUGCUCGUGUCCCCACGUCCAACACCCCCAAUCCCGCAGGCAGCCCAAACCGUCAACGUCUGUGCAGGAGAGAGAUGCGUGCUCAGGGAGGUCAGGGUGGCCAAUCUCGCAAGCGUCGAAGACAGGCCGUGGUAUGCACUGAGUGCCGUCGACGGAAGAUUGCCUGUAACCGCAGCAUUCCAUGUGCCCAAUGCAUCCAGUCCAAUUCCAUCUGCACCUAUUACAACUCCUACUACUCCUAUGCUGGCAAAGGUAAUGCCGCAGUCGCCCAGGAUGGCGGUUCCAAAGACCAUCCCCUACCGCCGUCGAUCACUCCUCAACCCAUAUAUCCAUUAGGAUCGGGCCUGCAGCUCCCCCCAUUGCCGUACAGCUAUCAGAACGACCUCCAUGGAGCAGCGGAGAUUGGCUCCUUGCCAGCAACCACCGUGUCCGCGGGCGCAGGAGUGCAAAGCUCAUGCACUAUAAGCAAUCCCGCGCCGCUCUCACUGCCAUACGACCUCGACACCACGACUGAUAUGGUGCUCCCGGAUGUAUCAGCGGAAGAGAUUCUAAGCUUGAACGCUGUCGUAGGUCUCACGGACCGAGUUGCAACAAAUGCCAUGCAACUAGCCGCCGUCUGCUCGCAGGAACCAAGCCGGAUAGUAUUCCAAAAGUCUCGACUCUAUCCUCAGAGUCACUGGAUGACUUUUUUCCAAGGGUACGAACCGCACAAUCUCUUCGAAAGUAUUAACAAUACUGUGUUCCGCGGUGAAGGCCAUCCCGGCCUGCAAAAAUGCAAACAGCUGGCAAAGGCGCUCAAGGCAAAAAGCGGUCCCGAUCCGCAGUUGCUCUUGCGCCCGCUACGUGAAUUUAUCCCACCAAAGGAAAUCUCGGAUCGGCUAGUGAAGCUAUAUCUACGAACCUUUGAGUCGGUACUCCGAAUUUUGCACAUCCCAACCUUUGAGCGUGAAUACGCGCAGUAUUGGGAGGCGCCUCGAGCAGCGGACGAAUCCAUAGUGCUCCAGAUUCUACUUGUUAUAGCUAUUGGGACGUGUUUCUGCCAGGAUGCUCUGUCGUCAGACGAUGUUGAUGGGCUCCCAACAUUGCAUGACCAGGCGACCCAAUGGAUCCAUGCUGCUCACCUCAAACUUACAGCUCCCUAUCGGAAGAAGCACCUUAACCUACGGGGCGUUCAAACACAAUGCUUACUUGUGCUUGCCCUAUUAACAAAUACGAACGCUAUUGGCGGGGACCUCGCAUGGGUGACGACUUCAUCCCUGAUCCAGUGCGGUUUGGCCAUUGGUCUUCAUAUCGCCCCGAGCCGCAUUUCCACUACCCCGUUGGAAGCCGAAGUGCGGCGGAGACUAUGGUCAACAAUGCUUGAACUCGCAGUACAGGCUGCUCUCGACUCUGGAUUGCCGCCCGUCAUCUCGGCCGAAACCCUUGAUUCAUACGAGCAACCGGGAGCCAACGAAAAGCCCGCCGACUCCGCAGCCAAUGGAGACAUUCACACAGAGCUCAAUGCAAUGCGCGCUGUUGAGGUCAUUACCGAUCCGUCUGAGAAUCGCCGAACAUUGGGCCGAUACCGCUCCGACCUCUCCUACGACGCAGCUCGGAGCAUGGGGGCAGAGCUCACAGCCGCCCUACGCAAGACCUCCGAGCUAAUCGAUUCCUGCAACCGUCACCUUGUGCGCCGAGUUUCUACUGCAACUCCGCGAAGACUCGUCACCAGCCGCAUCAUCCUUGUCGAGGCAGGAGCUUCUCCAUCUACAAUCAGGGCAUCGAGGCGCCGGUCAGUUUCGACGCGCAAGCAACAGGCCGACCAGGUCGUGGCGGAUGCGGCCAGGCAAGCGCUUGACGGUUGCUAUAAUGUGUUAAAGGCUCGAUUACAACGCUUGACUCUUGAAAAAAGCCGGGGCCCAAGUUCCGAUCUCCCUGCGAAACACAUGGCCGAGGCCAACGAUUUACCUUCUGGCGACGCAGAGAAAGAUGAUGGGAUUCAAGGACUUGUCGCAGUGCCUGAGCGUGAACAGGCGAGUGACACCGGUCAACUGUUGGAUGAUUGUUCGGACGUUUGGUCGGUUUCGGCUUGGGAAAAUGAGAUGACCUUUUGA